UAAGACUAGUUCGAACACUGUACGUCGCGUGACCGCCGCCACGCGAGGCUCUGCCCCUUUAACCCCGCUCUCCUCCCCGCCUCUCGCACCAGCGCGGCUCCGUCCGUCUCUGCCCCAUUUCGCUGCUUUGUUUUCGUCGUCGCUCGUCGGAUCAUGGCCGCCCACUCCACCGAAGAACCGUUCCCCUUCCACGGGCUGCUGCCCAAGAAGGAGACCGGCGCCGUGUCCUACCUCACCCGGUUUCCCGAGUACGAUGGCCGAGGGGUGCUCAUCGCCGUGCUCGACACCGGCGUGGACCCCGGGGCCCCCGGCAUGCAGGUCACGACCGAGGGGAAGCCAAAGAUCGUGGAUAUCAUCGACACGACAGGCAGCGGUGACGUGAACAUGACCACAGUGGCGGAACCUAAAGACGGGACAAUCACAGGCCUCUCUGGUAGAAUCCUUCAGAUCCCUCCUGCCUGGGUCAAUCCAUCAGGGACGUAUCGCAUCGGAGUUAAAAAUGGCUAUGAGUUCUUCCCUAAGGCUCUAAAAGAAAGAAUACAGAAAGAGCGAAAGGAGAAGACGUGGGACCCGCCACACAGAGCAGCACUUGCUGAGGUGUCCCGCAAAACAGAAGAGUUUGACCUCUCUCACCCAACACCCUCACAGAUGGAGAAGCUGCAGAAAGAAGAGUUGCAGUGUCAGUCAGAGCUGCUGGCAUCUCUAGAAAAGAAGUACAGUGAUCCUGGUCCUGUAUAUGACUGCGUGCUGUGGCACGAUGGCGUCACAUGGAGGGCUGUAGUGGACACUUCAGAGUGUGGAGAGCUGUCCCAGUGCACGGUGCUGUGCUCCUACAGAGAGACACAGGAGUAUGCCACAUUAGGAAACGCUGAGAUGCUUAACUACUCUGUUAACAUUUAUGAUGAGGGAAACACACUCUGCAUUGUCACAAGUGGAGGGGCUCAUGGGACACAUGUGGCAAGCAUCGCAGCAGGUUACUUCCCAGAAGAACCAGAGCGUAAUGGUGUUGCGCCCGGUGCUCAAAUCCUGGCUCUGAAGAUCGGAGACACUCGCCUCAGCACCAUGGAAACAGGCACAGGACUCAUCCGUGCGAUGAUUGAAGUAAUCAACUACAAGUGUGACCUGGUUAACUAUAGCUAUGGAGAAGCAACUCACUGGCCCAAUUCAGGGAGGAUUUGUGAGGUGAUCACAGAGGCUGUCCAGAAGCACAAUGUCAUAUUUGUUUCAAGUGCAGGAAACAAUGGCCCUUGCCUCUCUACAGUCGGCUGCCCAGGGGGAACCACUAAUAGUGUCAUAGGUGUUGGAGCUUAUGUGACUCCAGACAUGAUGGUGGCUGAGUAUUCCCUGAGGGAGAAGCUGCCUCCCAACCAGUACACCUGGUCGUCCAGGGGCCCCAGUGUCGAUGGGGCCCUGGGGGUCAGCAUCAGUGCCCCUGGUGGGGCCAUUGCAUCUGUACCCAACUGGACUCUUCGUGGUACCCAGCUGAUGAACGGCACAUCCAUGUCAUCCCCUAAUGCCUGUGGUGGCAUCGCACUCAUCAUCUCAGGGCUGAAGCAGAACGGGAUCCGUCCCUCUGUUCCUGCGGUGAGGAGAGCGCUAGAAAACACCGCUCUGAAGGUUGAUGACAUUGAGGUUUAUGCACAGGGCCAUGGAAUAAUCCAGGUUGACAGGGCAUUAGACUACCUCACUCAAAACGCCUCUUUACCCACCAGCCACCUUGGCUUCUCAGUAAGCGUGGGCACACAGAGAGGCAUCUACCUCAGGGACCCAGGCCAAGUACUUGCACCCUCAGAUCAUGGAGUUGGAAUUGAACCCAUCUUCCCAGAGAACACAGAAAACUCUGAGCGAAUCUCCUUGCAGCUUCACUUGGCACUCACAUGUUCCGCCCCAUGGGUCCAGUGCCCCUCCCAUCUAGAGCUGAUGAACCAGUGUCGUCAUGUCAAUGUCCGCAUCGAUCCUGUCGGACUGAGAGAGGGAGUGCACUACACAGAGGUGUGUGGCUAUGAUACAGCAGCGCCGAGCUGUGGCCCACUGUUCAGAGUCCCCAUCACGGUUAUUAUCCCUGCCAAAGUAACAGAUAGUCGUAAUCAGGAGGUGCGUUUCACAGACGUCCACUUCAGACCAGGCCAGAUCAAACGCCACUUCAUCACCGUCCCUCAGGGAGCCUCCUGGGCAGAGAUCACACUGACCUCUCACUCGGGAGACGUGUCGUCAAAGUUUGUUCUCCAUGCAGUGCACCUGGUCAAACAGAAAGCGUACAGAGCAAAUGAAUUCUAUAAGUUCUCUUCACUAUUGGAAAAAGGCUCAUUAACCGAGGCUUUUCCAGUGUUGUCGGGGAGGAUAGUAGAGUUGUGCAUUGCACGAUGGUGGGCGAGCCUGGGUGACGUCAUGGUGGACUACAGCAUCUCGUUCCAUGGACUCAACACUUCUCCUUCUCCCCUGCACAUACAUGCCUCAGAAGGAGUGACGAGCUUUGAUGUGUCGUCGCCUCUGAGGUAUGAGGAAGUUUCCCCCACUAUUACCCUCAAGUCAUGGGUUCAGCCUCUCAGACCUUUAAGUUCAAAGAUAAAAGCCUUGGGAGUGAGGGAUGUUCUCCCCAAUAACCGACAACUCUACGAGAUUGUCCUCACCUACAGCUUUCACCAGCCUAAGAGUGGAGAGGUUACCCCCAGCUGUCCCACGCUGUGUGAGCUGCUGUACGAGUCUGAGUUUGACAGUCAGCUCUGGAUGCUGUUUGAUCAGAACAAGAGACUGCUGGGCUCAGGGGACGCCUACCCACACCAGUAUUCCCUGAAGCUGGAAAAGGGCGACUACACUGUGCGUCUGCAGGUCCGUCACGAGCAGUCCAGCGAGCUCGAGCGCCUCAAGGACCUACCGUUCGUGGUGUCCCACCGUCUCUCCACCACACUCACUCUAGACGUCUAUGAGACGCAUCGGGCCGCCCUCAUGGCCAAGAAGAAGGCAAACUCUCUCACCCUGUGCCCGGGUGCCACCCAGCCUUUUUACGUCACAGCCCUGCCAGACGACAAGAUCCCUAAGGGGACGAGUCCAGGCUGUUAUCUGUCAGGCUCUCUCGUUAUCCCCAAGAGCGAGUAUGGCAAGAAAGCAGGGCAGGCCUCUGCAAAACGACAAGGAAAGUUUAAAAAGGAUAUUGUACCCGUCGUCUACCAUCUAGUUCCUGCCCCCAAUAAAACAAAGAAUGGAGGGAAGGAGAAGGACAAGGAAGGAGACAAGGAGAAAGACGUGAAGGAGGAGUUUGCAGAAGCCAUGCGCGACUUGAAAAUUCAGUGGAUGACAAAGUUGGACUCCAGCUCCAUCUAUGAAGAACUCAUGGAAAACUACCCGGAAUAUCUUCCGCUGCAUGUGCAAAGACUGCACCAGCUGGACUCUGAGAAGGAGCGUGUCAAACGUCUCAGGGAGGUGGUAUCUGCAGCCGACAUUGUCAUCUCCCACAUCGACCAGACAGCCCUGGCUGUCUACCUCACCAUCAAGACAGACCCUCGGCCUGAUGCCGCUUCUAUCAAGACUGACAUGGAGAAGCAGAAGUCGUCUCUGCUGGACGCUCUGUGCAGGAAGGGCUGCGCUCUGGCCGACCAACUCCUGCUGCCCCCUGUGCCACAGGAAGCUGCUGGUGCCCUCACCACGGAUCAACAACAACAACAACAACAACAACAACAACAACAACAACUAGAAGCUGUCGCAGCAGAGGAGGAGGUCGUGGUGCAGGUGGCCAGCAGUUCUGACGACGCCCUGAACAACGCGGCGAAAGCUCUGACGGAGACAUUUUGGGAGGUGCAGAAGUGGGUCGAGCUAACUGACUCAAAGGUGUUGAUGUUUUCAUACAAACACGCUCUGGUGAACAAGAUGUACAGCCGAGCCUUAAAGUACGCCUCAAAGAUGGUGGAGGAGAAGCCCAGCAAAGAGAACAUGAAGAACUGUAUCCAGCUAAUGCGACAUCUACGAUGGACACACUGCGCCAACUUCAGUGAGAACUGGCUUCCUGUCAUGUACCCCACUGAAUACACGCCUUUCUAGGCACAGACACACACAAAUGCAUGAGCACCAUAACCAUACAGGGUCCAUUACAUGGUAAGCUCAACAUCGUGUCCCUCAGGGUCACAUGGUCUAUUCAUCUGACCAACCAGCUGCCACCCGAGAAUCUCCUUUUUUUUUGUGUUUUUAAAUUCAGAUGUAGGUGAACACCAAAAUGAAGGAUAACCUCUGUGUUUAAAUGGUUUAAAGCACUCGACACCGUAUAAGACACGGAAUGAUGUUCCUGUUUUGUUGAUCACCACAGCUCUGUCAACCCUUAUUAUUUUGAAUGCUCAAAACUCUUUGCCACGGCUUGGUGUCACUGUAGCUCAGUAAUAUCUUCGUUGAAUGUUGUCUUUUGUUUUGGUGUUGUCUACGCAUACAGAGGCUUUCAAUCCCCCCCCACACCUGUCUGGGCUCCAUAUCACAUUAAUAACCUCACUCUCUCAUGUAAAUACUGUGAAAAGGCCAGUGUGGACUCCAAGGAUGCUUCCUUAGUCUUCAAAAACAAAAAACUCUAGUCACAACAACAGAAUGAUAUGUCAGCGGGAAAAGCGAGAGGACUCGCUGCAGCACAUGUGCGGACAUACAAUGACACGCAGAGUCGGCCUGAUCCAGGAAUCAAGAGAAAGACUCGGACAGAACCUAACAGCUCGUUUCUUUAAUCCUGUCUGUCUUUUUAGGCUCUGAUUUGCGAACACAGUCACUCAGAACACACAACAGUGCUGAGGAGGUGCCUUUCUACUUGUACCUUACCUUUUCUGGUGGGACAAAAAGAUGAAGUGCGAAGCGGCUUUGUCCACUGAAAGCUGCACAAUCGGCAGCGUCAGUCAGCACUUGGCAACUUCAGUCGUUUCCCAUCAGCCUUAGGUGUCAGAUGGGGUUUUUGAGCUCAUAUCAGCAGUUUGAUGUCCGUGCAUUUCAUGUUGGUUGUCUCGUCAGGAAUCCACACACGCACACGUUCUUGACUUCCACUUACCUCCGGAGGUGUUGGCCGCCCACGUCACACCGCAGUCGACCUGAACGCCACAUUUAACGGCCGUCACGCAGAGCUCACUCCCACAACAGAUGCAGUUGUAGACAGCGGCAGGAUGAUCAGAUCAGAUCCGAUUUCAUUGUAAAAUGUUCACACUGUCGUAGAGAUGUUUCUCUGCGUCUUUCAACUCGCUGCAUUUGUACACGGUGUCAUAAAAAUAAUGUACAGACACAUAACAUAAAAAAGAUUAAGAUGCAAUAGGUAUAUAAUACAAAUAUUAUUCUAAUUGAUGUAUUUUGCAUAUAUGCAUGUCUUGUAGAGGUGUAAGGAAGAAUAGUUUUAAUUGGAGGCAGUUUUUAGUUUGCUUCAAUUUGAAAGAUUUUUAAUCUGAAACAAGAUUUUAGACAAUAUCCACUUUCUUUGAGUGUUUGUGAAUGAUUUUAUGUGAUGUGUGAGCAUAUUUUUGUGGACAUGGGCAGAAUUGAAUAGAUUUCCAUUUAGAGGAGGUUGAGCAGAAGGAUUUUCUUUUGUUUUUAUUCACGUGACAGGACCAGGCCAGUGGUUUUGUAUGUUUGAUCAGAUUUUUAACGAAUCACACCACAGCUAACCAUUGUGCUUAGUAAGUUAUUUUAGAUCUUUUUGGGAGGUUUUCUUCCAGACAAUCUUUGAUUUUCAUUCAUUUCUUUCCAUGUGAACAAUAAGUCUGAAUUUAUUCAGUCAUCUUCUUACAAUAAUCUUUCUUUCAAACCCUUAGUAACCCUAACCUUGGUAACCAGUCCGUAUUUAGGCAUGAAUAUUGAACGAGGGGAAAAAUACAUUGUUUUCAGGUAAUUUCAGUAAUAUUCAGCAGUUUUAUGUUUGUUCACCAUCAUGGAUGGUGUAUGCCACCAGAGCUGCGUUCAGACUUGCACUGAAGUUCGUUUGAAACUGAAGUGUCCUGAACUUUUCUCUUCCGGAAAAUGUCUGAGUGAGCUCAUGUGAGAAUACAGCAGGAAAAACUCUGGAAAAUUCAGGAACACAAAAUGUUCCUGCCUUUGUGAACGAGUCUGACUCAGACAAUCUCCUGCUGCGUUCGUCAUAUGUGAACGUCAAAGUUCACGUCUGAACACAGCUCAGGUUUUCAUCGCACUCCUGUUACAUUGUCAGACUCACCAUGCACAUGCUGUUUUUGUAAGUAAGUUGAUGUGGGAGAAUCUGAGACAUCGUCUUCCUUGUCAAAACCUUGUGCCUACAUUACCCACAAUGCUGGCAAUUUCUAUAACAGUACAUAUGCCUGAAACUGAGAUGAGGAACAGGCUACAGAGUUUUGGUAAACUCACUUAUUUCAAUAAGCUCAAUGUUAUUUUUUUUCUUUUUCAGCUUUUAUCAUAGUUCUCCAACAAGACAAUUAAUCAGACUUUGUGUAGCUUCUCCUGAAGCCACAAAACUCAGUGGUGUUCCACCAAUUGUUUUCAAUGUCUUAUGGAAAUGAAUGAAUCAAUGAAAUAAUUACAGAAUGGUUGGAAAAAUGCAUCUAAAAAAUAUAUGCACGCAUUUGAAAACUUGCACAAACCCUGGUAUGGUCCUUUAGAAUAUUUCACCUCACUACUCAUGCGAGAGACGAGGACGCGCGGCUCUUUGUUUUCAUAAAGCUGUGUAGAAGACGAACAUGCUACACCUGCAAACUACAUAUUCAGUUGGAACCUGUUUAUAUUUGUGAUUCUUGACCCCUUUUUUUAUCCACUUCUGUAAAACAAACACAUUUCCUGUCUCACACACUCAUUAGUAUUUUCAGUUCAACCCAAGACGGACUUUCAUUUCAGUGUAACUCUCAAAGGAAGCUCGAAGCUGAAAAAGAAAAGGAAAUUGGACAUAACGUAGAAUAGAAGAAUAAAAUGAAGAGAAGGAAGUAAAGGCUCUUUCCCUGAUGUUUUGAGUCGUCUCACAAGUGGAAGGUUUAUACUUCAGAAUGUAGAAGCAGUUGCCCUCAAGCCGAGGCCUUUUGUCCUCAUGAGAAUAAAUAUCUUUUCUGGGGUGACCAUUCAUGCGAGGCAACAUCGGUGGUCCCAACUUCUGUUUCCCCCCUGGGGGGUAGCAACGCCUUGUGUUUCUGUUUUUUAUCUGUGAUGCGUGUGCACUUUCUGUAGCAGCCGCAGCACAGGCCUCUCCACGUGCACAGGGGUUUACAGGAGUCAUUUGGGUUUUGGUUUGUGUUCAUCAUUUUGACUUUUUUUUGCAUCUUCUGUUUUAUCCUGCUUCUUUGCAUUAGUUUUUUUGUUUUAUUUUUCUGGCCUUUUUCCUGUGUUUGGGUUUCGGUUGAGACAGACGUCACGUUCAGGGCUCAGCAGUCGUCGGGACUUGUUGCCACUGGCGGUCUCUCAGAGAAUUUAGCCUUAACUCUCAUCACAGGACCGAACCGUCCAUUUCUGGCACCAGACAGACUUCUCAUAUCUGUCGCGCUCGCUCUGCUGGUGUCAGGAAAGAUUUCAAAGAUGCUUUCUCUGGAUGUUGAGUGUUUAUAUUUAUAGUCAUAAAAAUUGAGUCAAUGCCAAUGUUUUACAGAAUGUCAAUGAGAUGAGGUUAAAUGCUCUCAGUAUUAUUUUAUACCCAUUCUUCCUCGAUAACAUGUGGGAAAGAGCUGAGCUACCGUCACACCAUUUUGUUCUCACAUGAAAUUAAAAGUCACAAACAAGGAAAAUAACACUGAAUAAAAAUGAUUUGGAAGAAUGAA